AUCACGUCCUGCAAAGUCCAGGUGAGGCCUGGGCAGUGCCUGCCAUGUGGGACCACAGCCCCUGGUGGCUCUCAGCUGUGUCCUGACACCCAAAGAAGGUCUUAUUACCUCUCACCGACCUAAUUCCCGAGCCACCUAACCCCAAAUGAGCUAGAAUUGCCUUCCCAACCGUGUUUGCGGGGUCUGUCUUGUCUAUUGCAGCGCAAACUGGGCCCUGAGCACGCAGAAGAGCAGAGGAAGGACGGACGGACCGACGGAGGGAUGGAUGAACGAAGGCGGGAAGCUUAGGCUGAGGGGAUUUAGGGCGUGUGUGGUGAGGAUGCUGUGGAGAGGAAACCACACAGGCAGGAGCUGAGCUGGUGAAAGGGAGGGUUCUAGCUCCCAGGAGAAGGGUCUGGGCCAUUGACAGGAGGGGCUUGGUCCUAGGAGGUGGGUGGUCCAGAGGUUGAAAGGAGCAGAGGAGCCCAGAUGGGGACGGGAAUGGAGCUGGGGUGCAGAGAGGAGCCCCCACAUGACUGCCCACCUCCUGCGCAGGGCCUGGGACUCUGGGUGGUGGGAAGAGGCAGUUUUGUGGCAGAGAGGGAGGCCGGGGCCCCUGUAGCCUGGACUCCAUGGAUCUGGCCAGGGACUGGGGAGGAUCAGGUGGAGGGAGGAGCAGGAGAGCAGCUACCCCUUAUCCCAGCACAGGGGGCGAUGGGAGCCCAGGGAAGGCAGGACCCUGGCUUCGGGCCUCCGCAGGCAUUUUCUCUGCUAGAAUCUCUCGCUACCUCUCCCUUCACCUUCUCCAAGUCCCAUCCAGAUGCUGCUUCUGUGAGUUGCCAUGGGGAUUCUCUCACCAUACCCCCCACCCCCCACAGGGGAGGCCUGUUCCAGGAGUCACUGGGCAGGGGCUGCUGCUGCUGCCCUUCUGUGCCCCACCCCUCGGAUGUGCCGCUGCAGCCCCGGUCUUUGGCAUCGGCCGUCACCUGGCGGAGAGGCUGCUGGAGCUGGCCAAGCAGAGGGAGGCUGAUGGUGUCACUUGGUGUCUCCUCUGGCGUAUGGGCAGGAGAUUUCUCCCCAGAGGCCCCGGGCUGGUGUUUGUCUGCCCGUGUCACAGGAGGACUCGCCUCUGGUCCCUCAGUGGCCUCUGCAAACCUUGAGCCAGCCUGGGGGAGGCUGCUCAGUGGGGAAGAGGCAGUGGCCAGGCUCUGCUUGGUCACCUUGCCCUCCUGUCAGCCUCCAGGGCUGCUUUGUCACACCCGCCCAGGGACCCAGCAGCUGGUCCUCACCCCUCCCAUCCUCAGUGCAGCCACCCUGGGGCAUUCUGAGGCCCUGCACCCAGCACCACCCCUUCAAGCCUCCCACAGGGUCCCGCCCAGGACUACUGGGCUCUGUGUCCUCAGGGCCAUCUAGAAACACUCCCUUGUCCCCGUUUCAGCAGCGUAGUACCUGUUGCCCGCCAUUUGAGGGAGGUGCAGGUGCCAAUCCUUCACGUGACGUGAUGUGGCUCACCGCAGCCUGUGUACAUGUGAGCAGCCGCGUGCAGAGGGGAAGCUCUCCCAGGCCUCGGGGACUGUGACAUGGAGCAGGAGCUGCCCCCAGCCAGGCUGCUUUCAGCACAGCGUGGGCCCCCAGCACCUUUGUGCGGGGUGUGGCCCCUCGGAGGAGGGCUGUCAGGCGAAGCCUCGUAUGAGGGGAAUCAUGUGUGAGAGCUGGCAUGGCCCCUAGAGGUCAUUUGAUGUCCAACUGCCUCACCGUAUCAAUGAGGAAACUGAGGCCCAGAAGAGAAAAGCAUUCUUGCCCAGAGUCCCUCAGUGCCUCAGGAACCCUGAAGCUGGGCUGAGCCAUGAUGCUGCUGCCAGAACCCCUGGAGAGGGCCUGGUUUCAGGAGACUCAGAGUCCUCUGUGAAAAAGCCCUUGGAGAGCACCCCAGCAGGGCUGCACUUGGCUCCUGUGAGGAAGGGGCUUAGGGGCCUGGGCCCCUCCGCCUGGGCCAGGCUGGGAGCCAGGCGGGCGGCUGGGCUGCAGCGAUGGACCGUGAGCUGGCCCAGCCCGCGUCCGUGCUGAGCCUGCCUGUCUGUGGCCGUGCCCAUCAUGGGCUCCUCGGUGUACAUCACGGUGGAGCUGGCCAUUGCUGUGCUGGCCAUCCUGGGCAACGUUCUGGUGUGCUGGGCCGUGUGGCUCAACAGCAACCUACAGAAUGUCACCAACUACUUUGUGGUGUCGCUGGCGGCGGCCGACAUCGCAGUGGGCGUGCUCGCCAUCCCCUUUGCCAUCACCAUCAGCACCGGGUUCUGUGCUGCCUGCCAUGGCUGCCUCUUCAUUGCCUGCUUUGUCCUGGUCCUCACACAGAGCUCCAUCUUCAGCCUCCUGGCCAUCGCCAUUGACCGCUACAUCGCCAUCCGCAUUCCGCUCCGGUACAAUGGCUUGGUGACUGGCACAAGGGCUAAGGGCAUCAUUGCCAUCUGCUGGGUGCUGUCGUUUGCCAUCGGCCUGACUCCCAUGCUGGGUUGGAACAACUGUGGUCAGCCAAAGGAGGGCAAGAACCACUCCCAGGGCUGCGGGGAGGGCCAGGUGGCCUGUCUCUUUGAGGAUGUGGUCCCUAUGAACUACAUGGUGUACUUCAACUUCUUUGCCUGUGUGCUUGUGCCCCUGCUGCUCAUGCUGGGUGUCUAUUUGCGUAUCUUCCUGGCGGCGCGACGACAGCUGAAGCAGAUGGAGAGCCAGCCUCUGCCAGGGGAACGGGCACGGUCCACACUGCAGAAGGAGGUUCAUGCUGCCAAGUCGCUGGCCAUCAUUGUGGGGCUCUUUGCCCUCUGCUGGCUGCCCCUGCACAUCAUCAACUGCUUCACUUUCUUCUGCCCCGACUGCAACCACGCGCCUCUCUGGCUCAUGUACCUGGCCAUCGUCCUCUCCCACACCAAUUCGGUUGUGAAUCCCUUCAUCUACGCCUACCGUAUCCGCGAGUUCCGCCAGACGUUCCGCAAGAUCAUUCGUAGCCAUGUCCUGAGGCAGCAAGAACCUUUCAAGGCAGCUGGCACCAGUGCCCGGGUCUUGGCAGCUCAUAGCAGUGAUGGAGAGCAGGUCAGCCUCCGUCUCAACGGCCACCCGCCGGGAGUGUGGGCCAAUGGCAGCGCUCCCAACCCUGAGCGGAGGCCCAAUGGCUAUGCCCUGGGGCUGGUGAGUGGAGGCAGUACCCAAGAGUCCCAGGGGAACACGAGCCUCCCAGAUGUGGAGCUCCUUAGCCAUGAGCUCAAGGGAGUGUGCCCAGAGCCCCCUGGCCUAGAUGACCCCCUGGCCCAGGAUGGAGCAGGAGUGUCCUGAUGAUCCAUGGAGUUUGCCCCUUUCUAAGGGAAGGAAAUCUUUAUCUUUCUGGUUGGCUUGACCAGUCACGUUGGGAGAAGAGAGAGAGUACCAGGAGACCCUGAGGGCAGCUAGUUCCUACUUUGGACUGAGAGGAGGGAGCCCCAGGCUGGAGCAGCAUGAGGCCCAGCAAGAAGGGCUUGGGGUCUGAGGAAGCAGACGUUUCAUGCUGUGAGGCCUUGCACCAGGUGGGGGCCACAGCACCAGCAGCAUCUUUACUGGGCAGGGCCCAGCCCUCCACUGCAGAAGCAUCUGGAAGCACCACCUUGUCUCCACAGAGCAGCUUGGGCACAGCAGACUAGCUUGGCCCUGAGGCUGGGGAGUGGCUCCAACAGCCUCCUGCCACCCACACACCACUCUCCCUAGACUAUCCUAGGGUUCAGGAGCUGCUGGGCCCAGAGGUGACAUUUGACUUUUUUCCAGGAAAAAAUGUAAGUGUGAGGAAACCCUUUUUAUUUUAUUACCUUUCACUCCCUGGCUGCUGGGUCUGCUGUCGGUCCUGCUGCUAACCUGGCACCAGAGCCUCUGCCCGGGAGCCUCAGGCAGUCCUCUCCCGUUGUCACGGCUGCCAUCCACUUCUCAGUCCCAGGGCCAUCUCUCGGAGUGACAAAUCUGGGAUCAAGGACAGGGAGUUGUAACGGAGCAGUGCCAGAGCAUGGGCCCAGGCCCCAGGGGAGAGGUUGGGGCUGGCAGGCCACUGGCAUGUGCCGAGUAGCACAGAGCUACCAGGUGAGAGGCCUUGUCUAACUGCCUUUCCUUCUAAAGGGAAUGUUUUUUUCUGAGAUAAAAUAAAAAUGAGCCACAUCGUGUUUUAAGCUUGUCCAAAUAAGAA